AGUUGUUUCAUACGCAGCAAUCAAACAAUACAACAUGUUCUCCAAGGUAGCAAUUUUCGCUCUGCUUGUCGCAGUAGCCCACAGCAGCGCCGUCCACGGUGGUGACUACACCAGCUUUUCCUAUGGAGUUUCUGACCCUCACACCGGUGAUGUGAAGAGCCAGCACGAAACCCGUGUGGGUGACAACGUGGUCGGCCAGUACUCUCUCUUGGAAUCCGACGGCACCCGCCGCACCGUUGACUACGCUGCUGACGCGCACUCCGGUUUCAACGCCGUCGUCCGCAAGGACCCGGCCGUCAUCGCCCACGCCGCUCCCGCCGUCUACUCCGCUCCCGCCGUCUACGCCGCUCCCAUCGCCCACGCCGCUCGCGCUGUCUACUCCGCUCCCAUCGCCACCUCCUACGCCGCUCCCGCAGUGGUCUCUUCUCCCUUGGCGUACGCUGCCCGCGUCGCUCCCGUAGCCUACGGCUCCUAUGCCUCUCCCCUCGCCUACAACGCGUACGCCGCGGCUCCUCUUGCCCACGGCUACGCCUACGGUGCCCACGGUCUCGGUUACGCCGGUCAUCUUUACUAGAUUAAUUAACCCGACCACUGUGAUCUUAGCGACCAAUAAAUUAUGAAAGUUUAAAAUGUGAUACAGUUUGUAGAAUAACCCAAUUUAAUGGGAUGGAAUAAACGAUUGUAUUAUAAGAAACCAACUUACCUACUCGUGUAAAUAUUAUUUAAAAUAAAC